AGACUCUAUACUGCUGAGCCUCCACUCUCUCUGCAGGGCUGUUUGAAUGACCUAAUCUUGUCCUGGAGCAGCAGCACGCCGUUUUGCUUCAGUAGAAAGGUAAGAGGAAACCUCUGACAACUUCGUACAGCUUUUUAGAAUUCAGCCGUGAAAGCCAAACGGAAGGGGGAGCAGAACUCUUUUGCCUUGCCUCAUCUAUUUAACCUGAAGUCCCUGAGGCUGACUUUGAAGAACUUCAGGCUGCGGGAAGGGGAAGGUCAGCACCUACAUCCCGUUCCUCGGCAACUCCUAUAGGUAUUUAUCAGCUGCAAGUGAAGAGUAUCAAGCGAAGGAGUCAAGAAAACACCAGGAUUUCUAUCUGACGUGGAUUUGAUAAUGGUUUCACUACUCCAAGAUCAAUCUAAUAUUAAGUUCUCCUCUUCGGACACUGUGGAAAGGGACCAACAAGAAGACCUCAUGAAGACACAGGGAGAUUCAGGAUCCCCAGUUCAGCAAAUUGAUAAUCCCAGUUAUAACUGCCAAUCAUAUGACCCAGACAGCAGGACGGAAAGGAAGAGUUCAGAGUCUUCUCACAGCCCCAGCCCUGCUUCUCCAGUCCAGGAUCACAUUCAUGGGAGAUAUCCUACAAGCCAAGGAAUUCACUGUGGCAAGAACAAAUUUAAGGCCACUUUCAGCACUGAAAAAUUCAGAAGGUACAGUUACGAGGAAAGUACUGUAGGAAAUUACGACAGGUUUCUCAAGAGCAGCAGAAACCCCUUUCACCCUUACAAGAGGCAGAUCAGUGAAGAUGUCUUCCAGGAAGCACAUCAAGCCCUCCAACCAGAAGGUCCACCCUUCAAAAAUGCUAGAAGCAUUGAUGGUUUUGAGGGUCUACCUGGAUCUACAGGCACUAAUGAGUCAGAGUCAUUUCCUACACAUAUUCCAAACAUCUCCACAGAACAAACAUGGUGUAACAACCUCCAAUACAGCAUCAGAAGUCAAGAUCACGGUUCACAAGUCAUGCAGGAUUCAGACAUCAAACUUAGGACAUCCCCACUGGAAGGACAACCUGGUCUAUAUUGUUAUCAGCCUCAAGUGCAGCAGAUGUAUUGCCCUUCACAUCCUUUCCACCAGUAUCCCUCGGGAGGCAGCUAUCCUGUGACUUAUAUUACUUCUUCACACUACCCUUACCAAAGAAUUGCUCCUCAAAGCAGUCAAGAAUCCCAACAGCCUCUAUUUCCCAAACCCAUCUACUCCUACAGCAUCCUGAUCUUCAUGGCACUCAAAAACAGCAAGACAGGAAGUUUGCCAGUCAGUGAGAUUUACAAUUUCAUGACAGAACACUUUCCUUACUUUAAGACAGCUCCAGAUGGCUGGAAGAAUUCUGUACGCCACAACUUAUCUUUGAACAAAUGCUUUGAGAAAGUUGAAAACAAGUCAGGCAAUUCUUCUCGGAAAGGCUGUCUGUGGGCUCUGAAUCCAGCCAAAAUUGAUAAGAUGCAGGAGGAGCUUCAGAAAUGGAAGAGGAAAGACCCAGUUGCUGUAAGGAAGAGUAUGGCAAAGCCAGAAGAACUUGACACACUGAUAGGCGAUAAAAGUGAAAAGCUGAGAUCUUCAGUCAUGUCCUGCAGUCCAACUGGUGUUGCAAGUGCAUCCCUUUCCAGGCAGAUGGCAGUCCAGUCCCAUUCUUUAUGCGAGCCCUCUCUUUCCUCGGGUAUUCCGCAGCCAUUACACACUAUCCAUACAUCAGGAGCUCUACACGUCAAGAACCCCUUACCAAAUUUGCUUGGAGGGCAGCAAACUGCAUGCUAUACAUCACCACAGGGUUUUCCUCAAAUCUCAAGUACAUUAAUGCAACAGUCAUCUGACCCUCAGACCCUGUUCCCUUCUGGGGAAACUCAAAAUGAACUUAGGAGUCAACCCAGCAUCACCCAGGAUUCUCCACUGCCUGCUCAGACUCCCCCCAUCUGUGGCGUGAAGAUGCUGGCAGAGCACUCUACAGCCAGGACAAUGCAGGACACACUCAUGCAAGAAGGCGACCUCAGCAACGAUAUCGAUGCUCUUAAUCCAUCCCUGACUGAUUUUGACCUCCAAGGAAAUCUCUGGGAGGAGCUGAAAGACGACAGCCUCGCUGUGGAUCCCUUAGUUCUCAUUUCAUCAUCCCCAACGUCUUCUCAGUGUUUCCCUUCUCAUUGCCAGAUGGAUAACAGCAGCAGCAAUAAUGUCAGCAUCCAAAAUGGAACUCCACACAGCAGCUUACCUGAUGUACAGCUCACUACUCUUUACUCUGCCUUUAUGGAACUGGAUACAGUAUCUCCUGCCUACUUAAGUAAUUCUGGAUCCAAACCUAUAGCACUAAUGUGAACCCCAUACCAACUUAAUUGUGGUUAUUUUGUCCAAAUACAGCCUUAACAAUCACACACAUUUACCUAUUCUGAUCUACAUCAGCUACAAAUGCUGAAACUGUGUGCUUCUGAAUAAGAAUGAUCUUUCUCCAGAACUCAUCUGCAGGAUAUGUAGCUUUACUAUAUAACUUUCUGCUAACGGAUACUAAAAAAUUUGAAAACACUACCUAAGGACAAAAUUUGUUAAUGGCUACAUUGGUCAACACCAUUUUAAUCAAGCCAUCCAUCUUCUGCAUCUUACUGAAACAAAUGACUAUAAGAAUAAAACAAAUGAUUGACAGAUUUUUAUGAAAGCUGCUUGCAAAUGAACAUAGAUGUCAAGGCAAACAAAAAAUCUCUCUAACUUAUUUCCUGAUGCCAUUGAUGUCAACAACAUCUGCUACAGACCACUACAAAAUAUCCACGUAUCAAAAACAUUUAUAGUCCCCUUGAAACAAGUUGUGGGUUUUCAGGAACAAGAACAUACACUGAAAAUUGUGCAACUAUUAGAAAAUAGAGGACUAGCUGCUUGGCAGACUAAAGUAAAGCAACAAAUAUACUUUAGUGGAAAGUUUUACUGUGUUUAAAAAGAAAUUUAAAACUCUGCUUUUUUAAUAAAAAAAUUUAGUAUAA